CUGAGGAGGGUUGCAGUGAAAAAAGCAAUCUGCCUUAUACCUUAUGCCAACAUGGGGUAAAUUAAUGAGUUGCCCAACAUUGCAAAAGUUCCCUCACGUCUAUACUGAAGGUUUUUUAAACUUAUUCCGCUUAGGCUAAACUUAAAAUCACUAUAAAACGCGAAUUUAAUCGUAUUUAUAUGCGCAAUAAGAAAUCUGCAGUAAAAGUAAUAUGAAAUGGUAUUGUGUGAUAACAUUGUGUGUUUUCUGCGCGGCCCCUGCAACAUUCAUUUCCAGUGAAUCGGAGGCUUUACAACAGGCUUUUGUGUUAGUUGAUCUUCUUAAAUCAGAAUAUGCAAGAAUGAACAAACAAAAUUCCUUUUUGAGAACUGGAGUGGCUGUAAGUACACCUGAACAGCCGACUUGCCCAACUACAAAACACCCUGCGAAUAAUGAUCAUUCAUUCCCGUUGGACGGAGGAAGUCUUGCAGUCCCUUCCCGACGACUUCUCUUAAACAAUUUGACCCCGGGCUCCGCAAAUAAUGCGUGGAAACGUUUACGUCUUAAGAGCAGGCGGCUGGAAUACGACGACAUGUUUGGGCCGCAUCCUGGUGAAAAACACAAAGAACCCACAUCUCAAGCUCAACCAACGUCAAUUGGUAGGCCAACAUCAAACUUAGCAACAUCCAUACCACCACCACCUUUAGCAGAAAGCACGAUUUUGACAGCCUCAGAAGUUACACAUCUCUCAACACGUUCUUCUAUAGAUUAUGAGCAGACCAUAAAAGCAAAAAUAGAAGGCCAUAAAGCCGUCAAAUUAAAAUUGACCAACCAAAAGAAACCUACGAGUAGAGACCCCGUCGUCGAACAGGUGGCAUCCGAGAUCAUGAACGAAAUGAAGGACAAGACUAAUUCUAAAUUUAAGGUCGAAAUAGCACCGCUUUUCACUGCUAAAACAGAACCAUACACUAGAUUUGAGAAUGUCAAAGGGACCUACAGGAUCCAUCAAGCUACCAGCAAAAGAUAUCCUAUUCCCUUACCAGAAAAUAACGCGUUUUGCUUCUAUCAUCCAGAUAGUCCAUUGUGUCGAACAUUCAUUUAAUCACUUAUUCUAAUACGAGUACAGUAGUCCCCCUAUAAUAUGGUAGCCCUAUCUUGAUUUCCGUUCCCCAUACGUGGAUUAUUAAUAUUUCUGUAUAAUCUGAAAUUAAUAAUUUAUUGUUAUUUUUUAAUAUUGCUCCAACUCGGCAAAAAGGUAUUUUUUCUUCGUAAAGAUAUUCAUUUUACCAGUUAAACUAGUUUUUGACUUAGGAUUCAGACUACCUACUCGAACUUGACUAUUAAAUAUUACUUAGGCUGGUUUUAGUGUCACGCCGACCACACGCGCAUCGUCGGCGCUGAUGGUCGAGAUAAAUGAACUGACAGCCACAAUGAUAUACAUAAUGACGCGUAGCUAACAGCGCGCCAUAAUUAUCGUAUGUGGGCUAAUAAGGCAUAUGGCAAAUUAGGUGAUUAAACUUGAAGCAACUUCAGUCGUGCUUUAGUUACUUAGUAACAAAGUGUGUGAACGUAAGCAUUCCUAUCAUAAAUUGUUGCUAAAUUAAAAUAAAAAUACAAUAUAUUUU